AUGGCACGCAAUGAGGAGAAGGCGAUGUCGGCGCUGAACCGAUGGACAGCGCAGAAGAGGGACUUGGAAAUGCAGAAGAACAUGGGCAAAUCCACCUACAUGGGAGGUGCUUUGCCGGACACCGCCCUCUAUGGACCUUACAAGAAGAACAAACGCCCGAAGAUCGCCUCCGAAGUCACCACGGUGAAGGAGUGCGAGCACUGGCGAGGGGAGAUCCUCAGAGGGGUGGCGAAGAAAAUCGCAGAGAUCCAAAACGCCGCCCUAGGUGAACAUCGCAUUCGAGACUUGAAUGAUGAAAUCAAUAAAGAUCUUCGGGAGAAGGGCUACUGGGAAGAUCAGAUUAAAGCCUUAGGUGGCGCUGACUACAAGAACGCGCCCAAGCGCGAUGUCGAGACCUAUGGCGCUGAGUUAGCGGCGCACAGCGGAUACAAAUACUUUGGCGCAGCCAAGGACCUCCCUGGGGUGCGGGAGCUCUUCGAGACAGAGAUCGUCCCGGAUGCGCCGCGGAAGACCAGGAAGCAGCUGUUCCAGUACAUUCAGCCAGACUACUAUGGCUGGCGGGAUGAAGAAGAUGGGAUGCUGGUUUUAUCCGAGCAGAUGUUCGAGGAACAAGCUGUCAAGAAAGCGAUGGAAAAUUGGAAGGAACCGAUCCCUGAAAAGACAAAGAAGCGAAAGAAGGCUGAAGAGGCCGAGAAGAAAGAAGAGAAGCUUCCAGAAGUCGAGAAGCCGAAGGAGCAAGACUUCAAGGAUUUCAAAGCAUAUGUGGAUGUGCCCACGAUGGAAGACAUUGAGCGUAUGAUCGUUCAGAAAAAGAAGGAAACAUUGCUGAAGAAGUAUGCUCCCAAUGAAUCUCAAGACUGA